AUGAAGCCCGAUUCGAUACUUGCCAGAAACGUUUUUCGCCUUCAGCAGAAGAGGUUCCGAUAUGGAGCAUUUGCGACACUCUUACUUAUAGCAGUAUAUUUUAGUGCAGUUCUCAAACCUAGUUUGAAUCUAUCAGCUUUGAAAUUGCAGAUGUCAGUGGGUCUUGGUUGGGACGUGCUGCAAGUCCAACAAACAAACAGCUCUCAGCAAGUAAUCGAAAGUGAGCAGCUUAAUCAGAAGAUAAGAGCGGAGGAAUUGAAAAAUGCAAGUCUUCAAGGAGAGGAUUCUGGUGUACAGAAAAGUGCAAGCAAUCCCACUAUUCUCAUUGCUCGAAAUGGUUCAGAAUCAGAGACAAACAUUUCAGAAGUGACGAAGAAUUUGGAGCCAAUUUGUGAUGUUUUGCAGCCAAGAACUGAUGUUUGUGAGAUCAGCAUGGAUGUUCAUGUUGAUGGUAAUUUGUCUUCGGUUUUCGUUGUUUCAUCUCAAGCGGACAUGCUGGCAGGGAAUAGCUCCUGGACGAUAAGGCCGUAUGCUCGAAAAGAAGAUAAACAGGCGCUGAAUCAUGUUCGAGAGUGGUCAGUGAAACGAGUGUCUGAUGCUCAGCAGGAAAUCCUUCAAUGCACCAGAAAUCAUAGUGUUCCAGCCGUCUUAUUUUCAACCGGAGGAUAUACAGGAAACCAUUUCCAUGAAUUCACAGACAUGGUCAUUCCGCUGUAUAUUACUUCUCGAAAAUAUGAUGGGGAAGUUCAGUUUCUGAUUACGGAUAAAAGAAGCAGGUGGAUCGAAAAGUACCAAUCAAUACUAAAAGGGCUGUCCAAGUAUGAGAUUAUUGACAUUGACAAGGAAGAUGCAGUGCAUUGCUUCCCAAGCGUAACGGUUGGACUUAAAAGACAUCCAAAGGAUCUGAGCAUUGAUCCUUCGAAACAUUCAUAUUCGAUUACUGACUUCCGAGCAUUCUUAAGAAAAACUUACUCACUAAAGAAGGCCAAUGCAAUCAGAAUCAGAGGUGGUGGCCGGCAUAAAAUGCCCCGGCUUCUCAUCAUAUCGAGAAGGAGCACAAGGUGUUUCAUGAAUCCGAGACAAAUUACUAAGAUGGCUAGAAGCUUGGGAUACAAGGUAACUGUUAUGGAGGCUGACAGGAACAUGUCAAGAACUGCAGAAGUUGUGAACUCUUGUGAUGUGUUAAUGGGGGUUCACGGAGCUGCCCUCACAAACAUUCUGUUCCUCCCUGAAAAUGCAGUUCUUAUCCAAAUACUUCCGCUCGGAGGGUUCGAAUGGCUUGCAACAAACUACUUCGGAGAGCCAUCGAGGGAUAUGAAGAUCAAGUAUUUGGAAUACAAGAUCAGCAGAAGCGAGAGCACGCUGAAAAUCGACCCGAAUAAGAAUCGAAUACGAGGAUGGCAAGCAUUCAAGUCAACUUUUCUGAAUGCACAAAAUGUAACCCUUAACGUCAAAAGGAUUAGAACCACUUUGAAAAAAGCCCUUGGACUUCUGCAUCAGAUUCAGUAA